AUGGAGUCUUCACGCAAAGCAUCACACAACCUGUUCGAGGUUUACCUGAGACUACGACCGCCGCCCUUGCGAAACGGUGAUGGAGAGCGCAUCCUCGAAGUUGAAUCUCUCGAAGACGACUCGAAAUCGACCCAUGUUGUGCUAAACCCCCCUACCGAUCGUCGACGAGCCAUCGAGAAGUUCGCGUUUACCCAGGUGUUCGAGGAAGAAGCCAGCCAACUCGAUGUGUUCCACGGUACAGAGAUCGUUCCCUUUGUCGAGGGCGUUCUCGCUCCCGAAGGUGGCGAGGGAGCCGACGCGGUUGUUGCUACGUUAGGAGUCACUGGCUCGGGCAAGACACACACGAUCCUCGGUAGCAAAUCCCAACGCGGCAUGACCCAGCUUGCAAUGGACGUGCUCUUUCGAUCCAUCGGCGAAAACAUGAUCGACGGAAACGAUAUCUUUACAGCGCAGGAUUCUCUUCAGGAGUGUGAUGAGGCUGAAUCAUCUCUGACCAUUGCGUCGCACUUCUUGAGUCCAUCCUUUCGCGACUCAGUGGCAUCCAGAGCGCCGUCACGAGCCGCCACGCCAGGCCUUGUACGACCCCCGACAUCAGCCCUUUCCUACAUCAACUCUCCCAUAACCCAACACGUCUCGAAGCUCGCCAGCGCGUUGUCUGGAGACUGCACACCAAGUCAGAAAAGUGGCGAACGUAAUAUCAUGUCUCCUCCUCCUCCCCGACGAGCGACGGCGCGCCCUUCGGCCUUUCCCGACCAACCCGACGUCAGCAACACCAGUGUUCCCUGCGACCCUUCAGCAGAGUAUGCUAUUGUCAUCUCUAUGUAUGAAGUCCACAACGACCGUAUAUACGAUCUCCUGACACCAGCUGCCAAAUCCGCUGCGUCCAAGGAGCCGCGACGCCGUGCCUUGCUAUUCAAAUCGACCGAAUUAUCACCCGAUCGAAAGGUUGUUGCGGGCCUGCGAAAGGUCAUCUGCUCGAACUAUACAGAGGCAUUGACAAUUGUCGAGACUGGUCUGCAGGAGCGCCGAGUUACUGGUACCGGUAGUAACAGUGUUUCGAGUCGAAGCCACGGCUUUUUUGUGUUUGAGGUCAAGAAACGGACUCGCAGUAGAAAACCUGGACCUUGGGGGGGAAGCAAGUUUACCAUUGUCGAUCUGGCAGGCAGCGAGAGAGCACGCGAGGCGAAGACGGCUGGUGCCACGCUUGCGGAGGCUGGCAAGAUCAACGAGAGUCUGAUGUACCUGGGUCAAUGCCUUCAAACGCAAAGCGAAGCUGCAAGCUCUAGCAAGCCCAACAUCGUUCCUUUCAGGCAAUGCAAGCUCACUGAACUCCUCUUCUCCAACUCAUUUCCUUCAUCCUCUUCUUCACAGCCUCUUGCUCCUCGUCGUAACCCUCAACGAGGUGUGAUGAUCGUCACCGCCGACCCGAGGGGAGACUUUAACGCUACAUCGCAAAUCCUUCGAUACAGUGCUCUUGCCCGUGAAGUAGCAGUGCCUCGCGUCCCUUCCAUUACCAGCACCAUCCUCUCGCCGACCCAAAAUCGUUCGAUUAGUCCAACCCUCAACUAUAACCAUUUGCGUCCAGUAGUGCCGUCUCACCAUGUAUCUUAUAGAAAUUACACCCCUCAGAUGAACGUCGAUGACCGUGCGACCAUGGAAGUUGCCGCGCUUGAGAUUGCCCGACUUAGCGAGGAGGCUGAUCAAUUGCGCGAAGAAGUCGGCCGACAAGCUGAAGCACGAUUCACCGCUGAAGCUCAUCUCUUGACCAUGGAAGACCGCAUGUUGGACCUCGAAGCAGCUAUUCGCGAAGAAUGCGCUAACGAGUUUGAGCAACGCCUGGCUCUCGAAAUGGCUCGCUGGAAGAACUCAAUGUCCAUUGAGCAGGAGCGCACUGAAGAGCACUGGGACCGCAAGAUUGAAGUGCUUGAGCGUGGUCUGGCUGCCGACGAGGAUGGUGAUAAAGAGAACGUUCUUAUCGAAGACCUCGAAGAAGAGGUUGAUAGGCUCCGCCGCGAAAACGGUAUCCUCAAGCGCGAACUAGCCUCCCGCAGUCCUACAAAGCGCAGGCCCCUCGAAGAGCGAGAAGACUUUGCUGCCCCGACCGCAAAGCCACCAAGAGGCGACACCAGAGGCGAUAGCGUUACCAACCUGGGACGCAAGCUGGAGCGCAUGCGUGUUGGUGGUGAAAAGGCAAAGACCGUACCCGUAGUAGGUAGCGGCAGUCCCAAGAAGAUGCGCAAGUUGGGAACGAGGAAGUGGGAGCACGAAGAAGACUUGGAAUAG